GGCAUGGCCCGCCUCCGCGGCGCCCCCUCUCCUCGCCCGCCGGGCCGGGCCCGGGGCCGGGGCCCGCGUGCAUUUCUCCCGUUGAGCAGCUAGAGAGCGGUGCAGGGAAUGAAAUCCCCGGCGCAAUAGCCAGGAGCCGAGCGCUCCCUUCCUGUCUGCAGCCGCGCCGGGCCGGGGCCGGGGCUGGGGCAGCCCAGCGAGUGACGGGCAGCGCCGGGCUGGGCUGGAUCUGCCCCCCCAUGGCGGAGACUAAAAUCAUCUACCACAUCGACGAGGAGGAGACCCCCUACCUGGUGAAGCUGCCGGUGCCCCCGGAGAAAGUCACUUUGACAGAUUUUAAAAAUGUCCUCAGCAACCGGCCCGUGCACAGCUACAAAUUCUUCUUCAAGUCCAUGGACCAGGAUUUCGGGGUGGUGAAGGAGGAGAUCUCGGAUGACAAUGCAAAGCUACCGUGCUUCAAUGGAAGAGUGGUGUCCUGGCUGGUCCUGGCUGAAAGCUCCCACUCCGACACGGGCUCCCAGUGCACUGAAAGCCACACGGACCUCCCUCCUCCCAUCGAGAGAACGGGUGGCAUCGGAGACUCACGGCCUCCCUCGUUUCACCCGAAUGCUGCCAGCAGUCGAGACGGACUGGACAACGAAACAGGAACGGAGUCGGUUGUUAGCCACAGGCGAGAGAGACACCGGCGGCGGAACAGGGAAGGCCAUGAAGACGUCCCUAGGCUCAAUGGGCACCCCAAGCUGGACAGGCACCGCGAGCACCCGCCCGGCUACGACAGCUCUUCCACCAUGAUGAGCAGCGAGCUGGAGUCCAGCAGCUUCAUUGACUCUGAUGAUGACGAUAACACAAGCAGGCUGAGUAGCUCCACAGAGCAAAGUACUUCGUCCCGGCUCAUACGGAAGCAUAAACGCAGGAGGAGAAAACAAAGGAUGCGCCAGAUUGACAGGUCAUCCUCAUUCAGCAGUAUUACGGAUUCAACCAUGUCCCUGAAUAUCAUCACUGUCACGCUCAAUAUGGAAAAGUAUAAUUUCCUGGGGAUCAGCAUAGUAGGACAGAGCAACGACCGAGGAGAUGGUGGCAUUUACAUUGGCUCUAUCAUGAAAGGAGGAGCCGUGGCAGCAGACGGCCGAAUUGAACCAGGAGACAUGCUUCUACAGGUGAAUGAGGUCAACUUUGAGAACAUGAGCAAUGAUGACGCAGUGCGGGUUUUACGGGAAAUAGUCUCCAAACCUGGACCUAUCAGCCUAACGGUGGCCAAGUGCUGGGACCCCACACCUAGGAGUUAUUUCACUAUCCCGAGGGCUGAACCAGUGAGGCCGAUUGACCCUGCAGCAUGGAUCUCUCAUACCACAGCCAUGACGGGAGCGUACCCCCGUUACGGUAUGAGCCCCUCCAUGAGCACCAUCACAUCUACCAGCUCCUCACUAACAAGCUCAAUUCACGAUUCGGAAAAAUUGGAAGAAUCUCCCUUGACUGUGAAGAGUGACAUGGCUACUAUUGUCAAGGUUAUGCAGUUACCCGACUCAGGCCUGGAAAUCCGGGACAGAAUGUGGUUAAAAAUUACCAUCUCCAAUGCAGUGAUAGGGGCAGAUGUGGUUGACUGGCUUUACACGCACGUGGAGGGCUUCAAGGACAGACGGGAGGCUAGAAAAUACGCCAGCAGCAUGUUAAAACACGGCUACCUCAGGCACACUGUGAACAAAAUCACCUUCUCAGAGCAGUGCUAUUAUGUCUUCGGGGACCUCUGCAGCAAUAUGGCUGCCUUGAACCUGAACAACGGUUCUAGUGGAGCCUCUGAUCAGGACACUCUUGCUCCUCUUCCACAUCCUGCUGCACCUUGGCCAUUAGGUCAGGGGUACCCCUACCAGUACCCACUCCCCCCUCCAUGCUUCCCACCAGCAUACCAGGACCCAGGCUUCAGCUACGGAAGCGGCAGUGCGGGUAGCCAGCAAAGCGAAGGAAGCAAGAGCAGCGGCUCUAACCGGAGCAACAGUGAGAACAGCCGGAGGGCUCUGGGCAGGGAGAAGGACCGCAAGUCAGCCGGAAGCGGCAGCGAAUCCGACCACACCGCCCGCAGCGGGGGCGGAGCCAGCGUAGUGCGCCGCGAACGGCCCGUCAGCCAGCUCAGCCACCGGAGUCACGUCUCUGCCACCCACAGCGAGAGAAGCCACCACAGCCACCAUUCGUAUGGGCCUCCGGGGGUCCCACCCCUCUACAACCUGCCAAAGCUAGGCCCCAAAGUCUACGGGACAAGUGGACCCCCCGGCGGACCUCCCGUGAGAGAACUGAGUUCCGUUCCUCCAGAGCUGACGGGGAGCCGGCAGUCCUUCCAGAAGGCGAUGGGCAACCCUUGCGAAUUCUUUGUUGACAUCAUGUGAGAGGAAGUGC